UAUUACACAUACUAACGCAGUCAGGCAGUCUGUGUAACAUUUUUAUGAGAGGCUUAAGUUGAAGCGUACAAGUGCUUGGGAACGUGCUGCACGUAAGAACAAUGGUUUAUAUCCCCAUGGCUUUUGAAGGCCUCAAUCACUACACCCACCGUUAUCUCCGGACAAACCAGUCGACUCCGUCUCAACGAGUGUUCAGUGAAAGGAAAUCUUUCUGGUGAUUUAUUGUUGAUCAAGGUAAAGAACACUACGUUUUUGAUUAGCUAAAAGACACUUUAUUCUUCCAUCAUGUCAGCCUUGGACUUAAUACAAGCACUGGAGGGCUUGGCGUACUGUGGCUUGACGUAGUGCUGUGGUUGCCCCAAGGUGCACCUUGUAACACUUUGGCACCUGGAACCUACUUUUCCUAUGAACAUUACCGUAUUCCAGUACUUAUUCCGGAAUGAUUUUGAUCCCUAAGGCGAAUUGACAAAUAGGUGCAAGGCAAGGUACAGUCGACAGUUUGUCAACCGAUGUGGAGCAAGAAACCACCAUCAAGAAUACUGAACGAAAGCCUCUGAAGCUCAAGCAGGAACGUGGUAAUAAAGCAUUAUUUAUGUAAUCUCUUCAGACAAGCUUUUAGCUCUCCUUAAGAAUUCGAGUACUGAACGGUCACCAACGGGAACGCGACUCGAAAAAAAAAAAAAGCCAUCGACCCGUUGUCAGAAACGAGGAAUGACUGAAGACACAUUGAACAUCUCGAAGCCUCUGAAUGGAUGGAUGGAAAUUCUAUUGUGAUCGAGUCGUAUUCCAUCACUGUCGUCAACGACAUCAAGAUCCUUCAUCGUUUUUGGAACAGGAUUUUCCGAUUCCAAUUUUGAUUUUUGCGAGAUCCGUGGUUCCUGCGAGCGCUUAUUCAAUUCAGCGGAUCACAAACGGAGUUGCCGCCGGGGGUGGUCGCUUCACCGACAAAAACUAUUUUCAAGUCUUAUUGACUUGGUAUCGAAAGAAGAAGGAAAUAUGCGCUGUAUAAGACAGGUCGCCAGGAAAUCGAAAUGAUAUUGCGAGAAUAACGUCUUCAAUAUAGAGAAAAGCUCUUACCGGGAACCGUUGAAUAAGAGAGGUCUCAGAAAAUCGAUAGGACGUUGUGAGAACGACGUUUUAAAGUUAGAGAAAACGUCCUAUGAAACCUGACAAAAGGUUGGGAAAGAGAGAGAGCGGCAUUCUUAGAUUGGAACUGUUCCUUCUAUUGUUGUAUGAACAAGAAAAAGCUAGCAAGUAGGUAAAAAAGAUAAAGGAACUUGGAGUUUCAACGUUCUUUUCUCUUUCAUUUUUUUUUACAAAGAGAGCUGUUAGACUUCAUGGGAUUGAGUGCGGUGUCUCAGUCGCUCCAGUGCUCCACUGCAGAGGACUUCGCUCGGAUCGGCUCAACUUACCAAGCAAUACAUUGAAGUGUAUGCCUCUGACAUGUGAAACGUCCAUCGUGGAUGACUCCAACAUGAAAGCUUCAGCACUCGAAUUGCUCAAAGGUAGACUAUUUUGUGAUAUACUUUCACAAACAAUAUCCGCGAAGAUGGAGGCGGAGUUGAAGCGCGGAUAAGCGCAGACAGACCUGCUCAAGUAAGUACGUGUGGUCGAAGCUUGCUUUUGAGAUGACCCGAACGUCUGGAUGUUGGAGUCCGGUGGCUCAGGGAUGAAUACAUUCGGUGUCAACAAGUUGUAAGGGUUUCCCUAGGUUCCUCGAGUCAGACGCUGUCCAGUGGAACACGGUUAUCGUAGUUUUGUCGAAACGUUUUCCGUGUGAGUCCCGAGCCUUCGACUUGAGCUCACGACGAAGUGCAUUCGAACGAGGACCAGUAACAUAUAGAAGAAGGUCGUUCAAAGCCUUCAAAUGCUGGGAAGUUCAGCGCGCCGCUUCUUCGGGCAAGACCCUGUACGGCGCCACCUGAUGCUCGUUCUUCUCUCUGUCCUCAUCGCUGCCGUCCUGGGCAGCGUACGGGUGGUCGCCGGCGUCGACUGCGGCAGCGGUGCCGACAUCAGUGCGCCGUUCUCCUCCACUCGAGCCGUUCCUAGACGUCGUACGGGGACGUGCGCCGACGCUGAACAGGACUGCAUCGGACGGUUGACCUGCGGCAUGGCCUUCCACGGCCACCGCCUGGACUGCAAGCGAGAGCUGGCUGGUCGCACGCCGGGUCGCUGCUCGGUCCACUGCCGCCAGUCUCUCGUCUCCCUGGCGAGCACCGAGGAAGGCUACGCCUACAUCGGCUGCGAGUGCGGCGAGGACGACUUCUGCCGGGCGUUGCGACUGCGGCUCGCUCCUUGCUGGUGGCAGAAGCCCUGCGCCGCGUCAACCUCGACAGCCAACGCGACGGGAUUCCAGCUGCCCCCCGGCGGUGGUCUGACGACUCUUUCUUCGCCGUCAUCGCCACCUUCGUCGUCGUCUUCGAGGCCGCAGUGUUCGCAGCUGGCCCAGGACUGCGUCGAGGACCCGGUGUGCUCGGUGGCGUGGGACUACUACCGCCGCUUCUGUCACGAGGUUCUGGACGGCGUCGCAGACAACUGUUCGACGCGGUGCCGGAACAGCGUACGCAUCCUGAUGCGCAUGGAGAAGGCUCACAGACUGCUGGACUGCGCGUGCGACGGACGCGUCACGCGGGUGACCUGCGGCAACGAAUUGAACCGGGUGCGUACCGCCUGCUUUCGCCUAGAUGGCAUACAUCCAAGUGGAGCAAGCGCGGGACUACUCAGUGCCGACAGUGUCGCCAGACGUACUGUUCUGUUGGUGCAUCUCUUGAUCCUUUUCGGUUGGUGACUUUCAGUGUGCGCGAAUGAGCGCCGCGAAGUUAAAUGUCUUUCUUCCGAUCUCCGCGGUGGUGAUUGUGGCUCAUAAUCUAGCAUGAAACUGAUUUGUACAGCUGUCGUUCGGUGUUUUCUCGUCUCUAUAUCCUCGUUCUUUGGCGAUGCAGCCAGCGAUGCUGUACCGUGCCAACUCGCCAAACUACCAAUCCCACUGAACUGAAACUAGUUGCCGACGGCGUAUGGCGACUCAUAGUCCCAGCGUGAGUACACAGUAUACGUUUUGUAAUGAACCGUACGCCAUUAUGUUUCUCUAUAGCCCCUUUAAUCUCGUGGGAGUUCAUUCUGUAAGCGCUCACUUGUAGCACACAUUAUGUUCCUAGUAUACUCUUGCCAAUGGCAACCCUGAAAAUACGAAGAAUCACCAAGCAGCGACAAAAGGAAACAUGCAGUAGCUACCCAGAUAUGCAGUUAAAUGCGUUGACGUGUUUACAAAGUAACGAAUACGUUUUUGAGAGCGUGUUAAAGGUUCUGUUGUAGGACACUAGGCAUAAUGAUUACUGGAAAUCCUUGAAGUCUCUUUAUAGCAUCCACUGUGGACACGUCUAUCUGAAUCAACUUUUUUUUUUCUUCAGCUGAACUUGCAUGCGUCUUGUCACAAAUUCAUUGUGCUUCCAAUCGUUCUUGCAUGUCCUUGGACUCCUUUCCUUGUAGACUGUGGUCUUGAAAUAAAUU